CUCUCAAUUCCUUGGAUGCUAAUUGGCUAUGAAGAGAAUCUACCGAUCGAACCGUUUAAGGAUUAUCCUGUCGAUUAUAUUUGGACUAAAAACUUUCAGUAUGAUAAUAAUAAUGGUAAUCCCCAGACAAUUAAACAUCCACAUUUAAAUUUUGAUGAAUAUUGCUGGUUAGGAACUUGCACUUUAAGAUGUGAAGAUAAUCCUGCAUAUAAUUUUGGGCAAUCUAAUGAUUUUAUUAGUUAUCAUUUCCGUAAUAAUGCAGCAAAUAAUGCUACACAAAUAUGUUGCUAUCAAUAUGAUCUCCAAAAUAAUCAAAUUAGCAAUACAUUAAGAUUUAAGACUAAUUGUGCCAUUAUAUCAGAUACUCCAGAUUUCGAAGUUGUCAACCCAGUCAAUCAUGAGUGGAAAUAUAGACCAUGUAGACUACAAUACCUAUUAAGAAAUAGCCGUACCUUUACUGGAAACAAAUGGCAAUUGCGUGAGCUUCCAAAAGCUAUAUUUGCAAGUAUCCAUUAUUCAGAUUUUCAAGGCAAUCCUCUUCUUUUAAACAUUCAUAAGAAAUAUCCUAUUGUCAAAACUCUAAAUAAUGUAACUGAAAAUCUUAAUGCUUUGGUUGGUUAUGUUACGGUAGUUAAAUAA